UGUAGCCUCAAAAUGAUAGUGAAGCUGUUAUUUUAAGGUAAAAAAGUUACAUGAUGGAGCUUUGUAUGAGGUUUGUUCCAAGGUUUUAUUAUACUUUCGACUUCAGUGGAGCUUUUUUUUGUUACAGAAACUAUACAAGGUGACAGAUGAUGGAUUAGAUAGCAGAAUCAAAGGAGUGAACUAUCAUACUUUGGUUCCCUAUCUAAGAGAUGGAUCCUGAAUCCAGCAGAACGAUAGAGUUGGCAGCGCUUGGCCGGCCAUUCGGCCUAGGGAUGCUGUACGACUGCCGCCAAGACUCACUUGUCCCUGGCAUGACACUGUGGGACAGCAAUGACCUGAACAAAGAUACAAGAGAAAGUCCAAAACCUAACACUGACUUUGAGAUAGUUGCAUCUGAAUCAAUUGAGGACAAAUCUUCAGCACUAAAUGUUGAAGCUUCACUGAAAGCAAGUUUCUUGGGUGGACUCAUAGAGGUUGGUGGAUCAGCCAAAUACCUGAAUGAUCAUAAGACAUCAAAAAAUCAGGCCAGAGUAACACUGACAUACAAAGCUACCACAAAGUUUCAGGAACUGUCAAUGGAUCAUCUUGGAAGAGGCAAUGUGAAGCAUCCGUAUGUCUUUGAUAAAGGAUUAGCAACACAUGUAGUCACAGCUAUUCUUUAUGGGGCACAAGCCUUCUUUGUCUUUGACCGUGAGGUUUCUGAACAGGAAGAUCAUCAAGACAUUGAGGGUAACUUGAAGGUGAUGAUCAAAAAGAUUCCUUGCCUGGCAAUAGAGGGUGAAGGUUCACUGAAAAUGGAAGACAAGGAAAAAGCAAACGUUCAGAAAUUCUCCUGCAGGUUCUAUGGAGACUUUUCCAUUCAGAAACCUCCUACAACCUUUCAGGAUGCAGUACAAAUCUACCAAAGUCUGCCACAGUUGCUGGGAGCCAACGGAGAAAACGCUGUACCAAUGAAGGUCUGGCUGUUGCCACUGACAAGUUUAGAUUCUUCUGCUGCGAAACUCGUCCGUCAGAUAAGUAUAGGACUAGUUCAGCAAUCACAGAGUGUCCUGGAGGAUUUCAGUGAGCUGGAAAUGAGGUGUAAUGAUGCACUGAAAACCACCACUGCACAGCAGUUCCCACAGAUUGGCAAAAAACUUAAACAAUUUAAAGAGAUGUGCUCUGAGUUCAAGCUGGGAUUCCAACAAACCUUGGCAAAGAAACUUCCAUCAAUCCGAGGAGGAGGAGAAGAGGAGGCUGUGCUCGCAGAGAUCCUGAAGAAGAGACAUUCUUCUCCUUUCAACAGCAAAGACCUGAACGAGUGGAUGGACUGUAAAGAGAGAGAAAUUUACACUUUAAAGUCUUUCACCAACAUAAUGAAAAACACCAAGAUUGUCUCAACUCAGAAUGGUCUUCAUGAGGAAACCAUCAGUGUAGAGCAUUCAGUGUGUUUUGUUUUCACCUCACUGGGAAGUGAUGAACCGUUCCUCUCAGCUUUAUCAGACUGCUUAAAAGGAACAACCAAACCAGACGACCCUCAACAUUCACAUACUCAUGAUGUAGAGAAGGAACAAUGGUAUGCCUCCAACAAAGUAGCAGAUGCAAUGAGAGAUAAAGCAAAGCUCUUCAGUGACUUUGCAGAGGCCAACAAGGAGAACAAGAACAUUAAGUUCUUGAUAGUUGGUUUAACUAAUGAGAAACAGAAAGGUUCAAGCAUCUACCUUUAUAAAGAAGGCUUUUCUGUAAGUGAGAACUUUGAGCCGCCUUCAAAGGCGCUGGAAAACAGUGACACGUCAGCGACCAUUAAACCGUCAAACAGGUGUGACACUCAGAUUUCUCCACCCAGAUUUGGAGGCGAGAACAUUCACCCUACUCUGUUGAGUACUGUGUCCGUGGAAGGAUGUGAUGGCAAACAACAGACAGCAUCAGGAAAGCUAAGAAGAAGUAGUGAGCGUGGGGAGAAACGCCCUGCUGAGCUUGGACAAGAUGUCCAGAUACGGAGCUACAUCGUGGAGUACGCCAAAACAGACAACGGGAUGAAAGAGGAAGAUCUCCAAUGGAACCAAAUGAUGUCGAAGGCUGAAAAGACGAUCAUUUCAGAGCUUCAGUCAGAGACAGAAUAUGUUGUCAGGGCCUCUCUUGCACGACUAACAGCAACCCAGCGAUAUGUGUUUGACUCAGUGCUGUCCAUUUUUGGAAAAGAUGUGGCAGAGAACAUUGAGAUGAUGGUGACUUUUGCAGACGGCAAGCAGCCACCAGUUCUUGAGGCAAUCAAUGUCUCUGGAGUUCCAUGUCCAAAAAAUGACAUAGGGCUUCCAGUUCACUUCAAAUUCAACAACUCUGCAUUGUUUGCUGACAACAAAUGUGUCAGUGACGGGCCCUGUGAUGAGGACUCUGAUGAAGAUGAUGAAAACUUUGAUGAAAUGUUUUGGAACAUGGGUGCCAAAAGCAUGGAGAAGUUCUUUACUGCUUUGAGUAAAAUGACAACCAAAAGUCUGCAAAUGACUCAAGAGGUUCUGAAAGAACGAAAGCAUCUUGAAACAGCUGUUGAAGGUUUGCAACCACAAGUUAAAGCUGGAUUGGCAAAACUUCAAGAAAUUAAGACAACCAAAGAAAAAAUUAAAGAGCAUGAAACAGCUAUGACUUCAAAUGAAAACUUUGAGAUUGAGGUGGAUGUCAUUAAACCAGUCAAAAAAGAGCUCACAAAGAAAGGAGAGUACAUUACCAACUGCCAGAAUUGUUCAGUAACAUGCCACUACCCAUGUGCGAUAGCAGAUGAUGAUCAAAAACAUAAAUGUACAGCAAUGGACAUGACAGGGAGGUGCACUGUCUGCCCUGGGAAAUGCAUUUGGAAUGUGCAUUUCAACCAAACAUACAGUUGGGAGUAUGUUCAAGUAAAAGAGAAGAAGACACUGCAAGAACUGAAAGAAAAGUACGAAAAUGCUACAAAAGAAAAGAUGACUGUUCAGGAACUGAUUGAGAGGCAAGAGGAAGAAAUUGUUCACCUUCAAGAAAUGAUAGUGUCCCUCAUGGAUCAGUCAGCUCACUCUUUAACUCGUCUGCAAGAGAUCGCUCUGAGGCCGAACCCUCUGACCACUCCAGGGUACAUCGACAUGCUGAUUGAAGGAGAAAAGUCAGAGGCUAAAGAGGGUUACCAGGCUCGAAUUCAGUCUCUGGAGGCAAUGAAGGAAAAGGCUAAAAUUAUCUCCAAAGUAGCCAAACGAGAUAAACUAACAAAAACGGACGAGGAACUGUCUGAAGAAAGACAGGAGAGGCAAGAAAAGAAAGGUUUUCUCAAGAAAGCUGCAAAUUUCUUUGGCUUUUAUUAG